AUGGAGGACUCAAAUAAGACCAGAAAGACCACAUGGAGUCUGCCAUCACAGGGUUCUGCUAUGGAAGAGUCAACACCUAAGGUAACAGAGGCAGUUUCAGAGCCCACAGUCACAAAGGAAAAUGACGUAAAGGAUGGCAAACUCUCAACUACUCAACAGAAGGAGAAGCCAGUCAAGAAGGUGAAAUGGUCAAGUGAUACUGUAGACAAUGAGCACUUUGGCCGUUGCUCAUCUAAAUGCUGCAUUUAA